AUGAACGAAAUCGACCAUUUCUUUGGAGAAUUGAUCUUUUCUCGUGAGACAUUGAUCUGUUUCAUCGUCUGUUUCAUCACUGUCAUUCUUUCGCAGAAAACAUCAACCAUUCCUCCGAAGGGAUGUCGGCGCCUUGGACUUCCACCAGGCACAAGUAACCUGGACGAUGAAUUCGACCCAAAAUACAACAAUGGUGUACCUCAGGGUCAGGAAGAUGACAGUGGUCCAUCCUGGCGCGUGAAAGCACUGUUCAGUUACCCUCUGAAAUCCUGCGCUGGGGUGGAGUUACAGGUCUCAAAUGUCGUUUCCACCGGACUUGAAUACGAUAGACAGUUCACCUUUGCAGCAUACAACAAUGAUGAAUGGAACAUUCGCACCCUGCGCAAUGCAGGCUUUAAUCGUCUCGCGCUGAUCCAGCCCGAGAUCUGGGUUCCUGAUCCCUCAGCCCAAGACUACGAUCCCAACUGCCCUGAAGUGCAACACAAAGGCGUGUUGUUGAUCAACUACCCACGCAUUGCACCAGCAGGAUGGAUCGGUUUACUCACCAAAACAGGCAUGGCCCUCAAAAUCGUAGACAGCCAGUGCCAGUUCCAAGUCCCGCUGGAUCCACCCGCAAAGUCCAAGUUCCCGCUCGUCCCAGUGAAGAUCUGGAAAGACAGGCCCCUCGCCUAUGAUCUUGGCAAGCUACUCCCAGCGUCAUUGUUCAACUUUCUGGGGCUAGACCCGAAUGAUAAAACAUUCACUCUUUUCCGCGCAAGCGCGCCACACGCUCGCGAAAUCUUCCGCAAUGCCCCGUCAAAGGAGGAAUUGGGCCACCAGCCAAACACGGCCUUUGCAGACGCAUACCCAAUCCAUCUGCUCAAUAUGUCCAGCCACAGGGACGUAGCUUCGCGGUGUGCUUACGCCAUUCCGCAUCUGAGUAUUCAACGAUUUCGCGCGAAUAUCAUUGUCCAAGGGCCAUCUGCUUUUGAGGAAGAUCACUGGAAGCGAGUUUCCAUCGGCGGCACUGAGAUCCACGCUUCUUGUCGGACUGUUCGGUGUCGGUUGCCGAAUGUCGAUCCUGCUUCCGGCGAUAGACAUAAGUCGGAGCCGGAUAAGACGCUAAAGUCGUAUCGGCGGAUUGAUGAAGGGGAUCGGACAAAUGCUUGCUUGGGGAUGCAGCUUGUCCCUGCGAAGAAGGAGUUUGUGCUGCGGGUUGGCGAUGAAGUUAAUGUUCUUGAGACUGGGUUACAUCAGUACAUUAAGAUGCUGGCUCCUGGUGAGAAAGUUGAGGGCGUUUGA